GUUCAUCCAGAGGGAAAAUUUGUUGUGGAUGUUGACAAGAACAUUGACAUUAAUGAUGUGACUCCUAACUGCCGUGUAGCUUUGAGAAAUGAUAGCUACACUCUACACAAAAUCUUGCCCAACAAAGUGGACCCUCUGGUAUCUCUAAUGAUGGUUGAGAAGGUUCCAGAUUCUACCUAUGAAAUGAUUGGUGGCUUGGACAAACAGAUCAAAGAGAUUAAGGAGGUUAUUGAACUGCCCGUGAAGCAUCCUGAGCUGUUUGAAGCUCUUGGCAUUGCGCAACCAAAGGGUGUGCUGCUGUAUGGACCUCCAGGCACUGGGAAAACACUGUUAGCAAGAGCUGUGGCCCAUCACACUGACUGCACUUUCAUCCGCGUAUCUGGCUCUGAACUUGUACAGAAAUUCAUUGGCGAGGGUGCUCGUAUGGUGCGUGAGCUGUUUGUAAUGGCUAGAGAGCAUGCUCCGUCUAUUAUUUUCAUGGAUGAAAUUGAUUCUAUUGGUUCCUCACGAUUGGAGGGAGGCUCGGGUGGUGACAGUGAAGUGCAGCGCACGAUGUUGGAACUUCUAAAUCAGCUAGAUGGAUUUGAGGCCACUAAGAAUAUCAAGGUAAUUAUGGCAACUAACAGAAUUGACAUUCUUGAUCCUGCUUUGCUGCGGCCAGGACGAAUUGAUCGGAAAAUUGAAUUCCCUCCUCCAAACGAAGAGGCUCGUCUUGACAUUCUGAAGAUUCAUUCUCGCAAAAUGAACUUAACACGUGGUAUCAAUCUGCGCAAGAUUGCUGAGUUGAUGCCAGGGGCAUCAGGUGCAGAGGUUAAGGGUGUAUGCACAGAAGCUGGCAUGUAUGCCUUAAGAGAAAGAAGAGUUCAUGUCACACAAGAAGACUUUGAAAUGGCAGUGGCAAAGGUUAUGCAAAAGGACAGUGAAAAGAACAUGUCUAUCAAGAAGCUUUGGAAAUAAGUGCAUGUAAUAAGAUUGUUGUUACCAUGGUGAUGGGAGAUUGUAAUGGUUUGAAAGUAUCUAAUCAUCGUAAACUUUCCUGUCUUUAAUAAAUAUUCAUAAAACAUGAA